AUUUUUAUAGGUUUUUCUGAGUUUUCAUUUUCAGAUCUUGUCAACUGAUUCAAAAUGGUGUCGAAUUUGCCUCCCCUUCCUCGAGUUCCCGAGUUCCUCCUGAAAAAGCGACGAUUGACCGAGAAGAAACUCAAAGUAGUGAGGGAGACACGCCAGAAGCGAAAGGUUGCUUUGGAAGCUAGAAAGACCGCAUACUUCAAACGAGCAGAGAAGUACGCCGCCGAGUACAAGAAACAAUACACGGAUAAGUUCCGACUGGCACGAGAGGCGAGGAACAACAGCAAAUUCUAUGUUCCCGCUGAGGCGAAACUUGCUUUUGUAAUCCGAAUCCGAGGUAUCAAUGGUGUCCAUCCUAAGACAAAGAAGAUCUUGCAGCUCUUGAGACUGAGGCAAAUCAACAACGGAGUCUUUGUCAAGUUGAACAAGGCUUCUUUGAACAUGCUGAGACUGGUGGAGCCUUACAUUGCAUGGGGAUACCCGACUCUGAAGACGGUACGGGAGUUGAUCUACAAGCGAGGACAUGCUAAGAUUUUUGGACAGAGGAAAGCACUGGUGAGCAAUGAAAUGAUUGAAAGUGCUUUGGGAAAGCGAAACAUUAUCUGCAUGGAGGACUUGGUCCACGAAAUCUACACAGUGGGAAAGAAUUUCAAGCAGGUUAAUGGAUUCCUGUGGCCUUUCAAGCUGAGCUGCCCCAAGGGAGGAUUCGUGAAGAAGGGCAACCACUUCGUCGAGGGCGGAGAUUUCGGAAACCGGGAAAUAUUCAUCAAUAAGCUUGUUAGCAAGAUGAAUUGAUUUGUGAAUGAAGUUUCAUAAUUCAGUUUUUCGAUUCUGA